AUGUCACCACCAGCAGCAGCGCCUAGCACGAGGCCAAUACAAAAGUUUGCCGUUGCAGCUUCGAAAUGCUCAGCAGAGGCAGCUGUCUAUGGAAAAUGUAUUGUGGCAGAUUACAACUCAGUCCAUAAGGACAAAUGCGCUGCUGAAUUUAUGAAAUUGAAAGAUUGCUAUGUAGUAUGUCGAGCCUAA